UCCUUUUGCUGGGGUGUGGAGGGAGCAGAUAUUCUGGGAAACCUUUGCCAGCACUCAGCUGGGAUACUUGGUUCUUUUUAUGUUUUUUCAACAGAAUUUAAAAAGGAGAAAUCUCAGAACUCUUGAUGUGAGACAAGUUCAGUUUUCCAGCUCUUUGCAAAAGUUUCUGUGAUAAUGUUCUUGGUGUGCCACCGCUCGUCCUCCCUGGAUCCAGUUUCCUCUCCGUCUCAGCUCAGCCGGAGCUGAUAAAGCGGGAUCUGGUACCAAUCGUUCUGAGGGGAUCAUCUUCAAGGAAUCUUCAACAGGAAGGAUCUGCUUUCUUCCUGCCUUGAUGAAACUGCAUGGCCUAAGCGAAUGAAUAUUUUCACAUUGCGCAUUGCACCAGAAAUGGGCCAGGACCAAACCAAGCAACAGAUAGAGAAGGGCCUGAAGUUAUAUCAGUCUAAUCAGACGGACAAAGCCCUGCAUGUUUGGACAAAAGUUCUGGAAAAGACCUCGGAUCCUGGAGGGAAGUUUCGAGUGCUGGGUUGCUUGAUCACAGCCCACUCAGAAAUGGGAAAGUACAAAGAUAUGCUCAAGUACGCCCUGGAACAGAUUGACACGGCUCGUGAAAUGGAGGACCCAGAUUACCUAACUGAAGGCUACCUGAACUUGGCCCGUAGCAACGAGAAGCUGUGCGACUUCCAGAAGACGGUGUCCUACUGCAAGACCUGCUUAAACAUGCAGGGCACCACUGUCAGCCUGCAGCUUAACGGCCAAGUGUGUCUGAGCAUGGGCAAUGCCUAUCUGGGGCUCAGCGUGUUCCAGAAGGCCCUGGAGAGCUACGAGAAGGCCCUGCGCUAUGCACACAACAACGAUGACAAGAUGCUGGAGUGCAGAGUCUGCUGCAGUCUGGGAAACAUCUAUGUUCAUCUGAAGGACUACGAGAAAGCCCUGUUCUUCCCCUGCAAGGCAGCUGAGCUCGUCAACGACUACGGUAAAAGCUGGAGCCUCAAGUAUCGCGCCAUGAGCCAGUUUCACAUGUCUGUGGCCUACAGGAAGCUGGAGCGUCUGGCAGACGCCAUGGAGUGCUGCGAGGAAUCCAUGAAGAUUGCCCUGCAACAUGGCGACCGGCCUCUUCAAGCUCUGUGCUUGCUAAACUUUGCAGACAUACACCGCUGCAGGCAUGAUGUCAAUAAAGCAUUCCCUCGUUAUGAGUCAGCACUGGGCAUUAUGACCGAGAUUGGAAACCGUCUUGGUCAAGCGCACGUCUACUUGGGUGUCGCAAAAUGUUGGCUUCUGCAGAAAGAAUUUGACAAGGCUCUUGAAUCUUUGGAGCGAGCACAGGAACUGGCAGAUGGAAUGGGAAACAAGCUGUGCACCCUGAAGGUACACUGCCUUCGUGAAGGCAUCUACCGAAACAACAAGCAACAGGAGGAGCUCCGAGAGCAGGUGGUGAAGUUCCUGCAGUGUGUCGAGGAGCUGGAGCUCUACUGUGGCAUGUGUGGGGAGUCCAUCGGGGACAGGGACCAAAAGCUGCAGGCGUUACCCUGUUCCCACAUUUUCCAUCUCAAGUAG